UUACGUCGCGGUGUGGGCGGGACCUCCUCUACGUUUCCCUCACGUCUCCUCAGCGUCGUCAUCCUCCUCGUCCUCCCAUGGACUGACUUGUUUGUUGUCGAGCAAGAUGGAGUUCCUGUUGGGAAACCCUUACACCACCCCGGUGGGCCACUGCAUUGAAAGAGCCACCGAUGGCUCCCUGCAAAAUGAAGACUGGACCCUCAACAUGGAAAUAUGUGACAUAAUCAAUGAAACAGAGGACGGGCCAAAAGAUGCCAUUAGAGCAGUUAAGAAGCGACUCAACGGCAACAGGAACUACAGAGAAGUGAUGUUGACUCUAACGGUCCUCGAGACGUGUGUGAAGAACUGCGGCCACCGCUUCCAUGCAUUGGUCACGAGCCGGGACUUUGUUGACGGCGUGCUUGUUAAAAUCAUCUCCCCUAAAAACAACCCACCUACAAUUGUUCAAGAUAAAGUACUCGCACUAAUUCAGGCGUGGGCCGAUGCAUUCAGGAGCAGUCCAGACCUCACGGGAGUGGUUCAAAUCUAUGAAGAGAUGAAGAGGAAAGGUAUCGAGUUCCCCAUGUCAGACCUGGAGACCCUGUCGCCUAUACACACGCCUCAGCGGGUUGCGUCUGCUCCAGAGGGCGGCGACUCCUCUGUACUCAAGUUCAGUGCCACUCCUCAGCCCACACCACACACUGUCCCGCCGGCCUACACUGACCCUCAGGUCCCCAACCUCCCAGCCUCUGGAGCCAUUAAUCCCACACCUGAACAGAUUUGUCGGCUGCGCAGUGAGUUGGACGUUGUUCGCGGAAACACUAAGGUGAUGUCGGAGAUGUUGACAGAGAUGGUCCCAGGACAGGAGGACGCUUCAGACUACGAGCUACUACAGGAGCUGAACAGGACUUGCAGAGCCAUGCAGCACAGAAUAAUGGAGCUGAUCUCCUGUGUUUCCAACGAGGCUGUGACUGAGGAGCUGCUGCACGUCAACGAUGACCUCAACAACAUUUUCUUACGCUACGAAAGGUAUGAGAGGUUUAGGUCGGGGAGAUCUUCAGCUCAGACUGCUGUCAACAACGGGGUCCUGAGUGAGGCUACAGAGGACAACCUGAUCGACCUCGGUCCAGGCUCCCCGGCUGUGGUCAGCAACAUGUCCAAUGUGGCCCCAGCCCAGAGCGUCACUGCACCAGCGGGUGGACCCUCCUCACCGGCCACCUUAGCCUCUCGCCUUGCUGGUCUAGACAUGGGUUCAGACAGUGUGAGCAGCACCUUGAGCUCUCUGUCCAGCUGUAAACCUCCUCCACCUGCUCAGGACGACUUUGACGUGUUCGCUCAGACCAGGACUGGAGUCGUGUCUGAACCACACAAGAUUACUGCAGCAGGAGACAACCGUGCCUCUGGUAACCCGCCCACUCUGGACGUGGUACAGCCGACUGCAGGAGGGGGCGUCGCUCGUCAGUCCUCUGUCAUGGAUGACAUAGAGGAGUGGCUGUGUACUGAUGUGAAGGGAGAUGAAGGCGAGGAAGGAGUGACGAGUGAAGAGUUCGACAAGUUCCUCGAGGAGAGAGCCAAAGCUGCCGAGAUGACCCCCGGCCUACCGUCACCCCCCAGUGGCGACCCGGGGGCAACACAGGGAACCCCCAGCCGUAAGAAGCCAGACAGACCAGAGGACGCUUUGUUUGCCAUGUAGACCUUUCUUUCACCUCUGGCCCUGACGACCUGAGCAGCAUCACCCGCAGACGGACUGACCACAUGCUAGUCCACAACGCAGUGAAGUUACACUACAGCUAUUCAUACGCUCUGUUCAUUUUCCCCCAUCAGAAAAACAAAAACACUAUUUUCAUCAGCAGUCAAAUAGAUGUCACCCUGUGUCAGAGGCGAUGAGGCAGCCUGCUUAUUCCUUCUUCUUCUUUACAUGCGGAGAACCUCCUGUGGACUGCAGAGCUUCUUGUUGCAGCUAAUCCUGAUGAUCAGAUGUAGACUUUUAUAAACAAAGAUUCCUUGUUCUGUUUCCGAGCCCUCAGAGCAUGAAUUAAUGCAACCCACACUCUAUAAUUUUACAGUUUUAAGAGCCAAACAAGGGUCAGAAACAAUAAUACUGAGCAUUACGUCCCGGUUAGAGUUUUCAGUGUUUGUAUCAGUCUUGAGUUUGAAAUUGUAAAUCUGUAAAUGACAGAAAGUCACGUUUAUUAGUCGUGUGUAUAUUUAAGCUACAAAUAUGUACGAAAGAGAUGUUGAUUUAAAUGUAGAUUUGCUGAUGUCUGCAGCCACUCCGACACGAGGGGACGUACCUGAGCGGGUACAAGAAAAGGGACGUGCUUUAAAUCAGGAAAAAGACAACGUUUUUUCAGAUUUGGUAGAAUCACAAAUCAACACAUACAGAAUAAUCCUGUCGUAGAUUAUAGGGAUGACUCGAUACCACUUGUGUUUGACACUGAUACCAAUAUCGAAACCUUGAAUUCCGUCUGAUGCGGUCUUUCUCCUCUUUAAGCAGCUAGACUGUAUAUUUUGAACUUGAGCUAGAUUUUAAGUUUCUCGUUGGGUUAAAAAAAUGUCCGCCCUCUUUACCGUCUGACUUAAACCAUCCGAUAAACGAUAACACGCCACCUGCCUGAACAGGAUAUCUCGUAUGUAGCAUGUAACGUGUGCUUCGUUAAGCAUUUACAUCAUAUUUAUGAUUUGAUGGAUCAUAUUGGACUCAUUAUUUUCUUUUUCCUGAUUUCUGAUUCAGUUAUUUUUGGCCAGUUUGGUGCUGAUAUUGAGUAUUGUAUCAGACCAAUACUGAGUAUCAUGUCAAAGUGAUAUCAAUACUGAGAAUCGCAUCGGACUGACAACGAUACUGCGUAUUGUAUCAAAUCAGUAGUGAUACUAAGUAUUGUAUGUGAUCGAUAAAUCGAUACUGAGUAUCGUGUCUCACCGAUACCAUAUGUGGAAUCACACCCCCGAUGCUUAGUAUCUUAUCGCACCAAUAGUAAGACAGAGUGUCGUAUUGACCAAUAACGAUAGAGAGAUUAACAUUGUUUCUGGGUAUCGUACUAGAAAGGCAAAGAUACUGGGUACUGUAUCAGUCCAAUAUCGAUACUGGGUACUGUAUUGGUCAGGUAUGGACAGACGGCGUUACUGGGCACUGUAUCGGUCCGAUACAGACAGACAACGAUGCUGGGUACUGUAUCGGUCCGAUGGUGAUACUGGGUAUCCUAUAACAGACAACGAUACUGCACCAGUAACGAUAGAGAGUAUCGUAUCAGAUUGACAUCGUUUCUGGGUAUCGUACUGGAAAGACAACAAUACUGGGUAUUAUAUUGGUCCGAUUAUUGCUGUUAGACAGACAACGAUACUAGGUAUUAUUUUGCACUAAUACUGAGUAAUUUAUUUGACCGAUAGUGAUACCGAGUACGUAAACAAGUACUGUGUGAAAUUGAAACUCAUACCAAGUAUUAUCGGCUCAUCCCUAGCAUCGUUCUCUCUCACAAAUCUAAGCGUGGAUGUUUGAUGGUGUACGUGUUGAGACCAGAUUUAUUGAGAUUAUUUUUUUUGCUGAGAUUAAACUGAAGCUGCUGUCGUCGAUCUUAUUUCCACCGUCUGGAUUAUCGCUGUAGAUGUAAUUAUGUCUAUUUGUGCUGAAGAUGGAUGCAAAGAUAUUUUUGUGCUUUUUGAAUGUGUUGACGAGAGAUCACAGUCAGAUAAGAUACUGUAUGUUUUCUGUUAAAGGGACCAGAUUUUUUGUGCUGUUUUCCUGGAUGUUGAAGGGAAAAUCCUGGUCCAUGUCAGAACUCCGAGCUCUGCUGUAUACAUGUAGGGAUGUCAUGACACGACAAGAGAGCACAUUAUUUCUUUGAAAUUAUUUUCUCCUUUUUUCUUUUUUCUUUCUUUCUUGACGCCCGACACCUUUUUAUAAAAAAAAAAAAGCCUGACCUUUCAACACGACAUUUGUUUUCAGAAAUGAGCUCGCCGCAGACGCAGCGCGACAAAUGAGAAAUCAUUUUACUCCCCAUGACAGUCAUAAAUGUGACGUGUUACACAAUCACAACAAGCUGGAAACAAGCAGCGUUUCCCCUCUCUGCUCCCGAGAGAAUGAAUCAGAACAACUUAACCAGAUUACGGACGCACGAUAUGCUGAUACAGCUGGAGAGCUUGGACCGAUAACCAACACAGAUAUACAUACUUUUUUAAGGUCAUUUAGCCUCUUCUGUAGUGAAAUUAAUAGAAUAAUUUUUCAUACGUGUGUCCAGCGCUGCUACGAGCAAUUGAUUAUUAGUCCAUUACUAAAUUAUCAACUAUUUUGAGUGAUUUUUUCACUAAUUAAAACACUUUUCUUUUUGUUUAGAGGAUAUUUUCUGGUUUCUUUGCUCCGUAUGAAAAAGGAAUCAUUAAAAAUUUAUAUUUUUGGGUUUGUGGACAAAACAAGACAUUUGAGGUGUUCAGGUGUAGAUUUGCAUACAUUUGUGCAGAAUAAAUAAAAAUGGGGAGCCUGAUGAUAUCUGAUGCUACAUUUUAAAGCCAGUAUCGUCCAGAUUAAACCUUUUAUUUUGGGAAUAUUUCGGCAAAGGUGUGGAAAUAUUUUUGUGUUUCUUUUCCACGUCAACAUUUUUAAUCGGGUUAUUUAAAAGAGAAAAGUUAAAAACUGAAAGUGAGUUGUCUUGUGAUGUUUUAGUGGUUUUUUUGGCUUUUGUUUUUCCGAUUUUCCCUUUGUAUACAUUACUGCUGGCUAAUGUGUCUUUACCGUAUUGUUUUUGUGGUUAAUAAUCAUUUUUGGCCGUUUAUGGUCUCUGAUCAGAUCAGAAUCAGCAGUUUGUAGCCGAGACAGAAUCAAAGCGGUCGUUUCAUGAAGGAUGAAUUAGCUGAUGUUUAAGUGACUUUGCUGGAAAGAAGCGUCAACGUUGCACAUUAGAAAAAAGGAAGAACCUCCUUUUUUUAUUUCUUUAUUUUUGUUAGUGUUAAACCUCCGUGUUUGUGUGUGUGACGUUUGAUCUCCGCUGUUCAAGUCAAGUUAGUUUUUAUUCAAUGAAAUGAUGUAAUAAUCAUUUUUAAUUUGCAGCUUUCGGUGCUGGAAUCAUGAGCGACUGCAUGUGACACUAGGACACUGCUGCAGAUUGAAUGUAGGAGGGAAACACUGCUGCCAUCUCAGGCCUGUUUUUGUUAUUUCUUCUGUUUAAAGUUUAAAAUUCACUGGAUACACAGAUAUAAGAGGAGGAGGAGGAGGAGGAGGUGCUGAUGAAGGAGGCUGUGCCGUGCGUGACUGCUGCUUUUCCUCCGUUUGCCUCGUUUCUCUUUGUGUUGUUUGAACUUGUGCAUGAACUCUAAUAAAACUUCAGCAGUGUGUGAACCACA